GUAAAUUUGAGGCAUUGGAGAUUAUGGCGCAUUGACAGAAGAAACUAGAACUUGAAGUUGUCAUGAAACCGAAAGAGUAAGAAGACAACAUUUAGUCUCCGUUUCUUUAAUCUUUGAAUGUCACACUGCCACUGUUUAAGAUGGCUGCAGUGAUGAAUUAACCACGAUGGUGUAACACGGAAAGGAUUAAUUAACCUCUGGGGGAGCUUGGUUAAAUAAGGGAUCUGCGGUGAUGGUGUCGUCAUCUUUCUGAAUGGGACAAGGAGCCAGUUUUGUGCGCGAUGACAUUCAGACAACACAUGCGUACACGACAUCACAGCCCGGCACCAACCUAGCUAACCCCACUAACCCCACUAGACCCACCUCCCCAGAGAUGGUGUGCGAGUCCUGCAAUGCCAACUUCCACAUCUUCAACAGAAAGAAACUAUGUAAGGACUGUGGUCGCUACUUCUGUGCUAACUGUGUGAUGCAGCUACAGGAGAAUGUCAAAAAAUCACAUCGCCAAUGUAAGAAGUGUAACAUCCUGACCUCGGGUAGAUUCACACGACAAGACCUCCAGAAAUGGAAGGUCAAGGACCUGCGGUGUGUGCUGCACAAGCGAAACAUCUCCACGGAAACGUGCCGAGAGAAGCACGACCUGAUUGACCUGUUGGUCAUCACGUUCGGUGUGGUCAGUCAGAACAACUCAGAGGAAAGGUCUUCCAGCUCAUCUCAGUCUGCCACUACAAAUAUACAUGGUAACCGUGGUAAUAUCCCCAAUCCAGAUUCCUCAUCAGGCAGUAGUAGUAGAACAUCACCCUCCAACUCUCAACAGGAAAUUCCCCAGAGGUCCCGGAUGGCCACGGAUCCUGUCCCUCCCCCAACCACAUCCACCAAUCAGCAGCGAUCUCAGUCCCUCCAGGAGGGCCUGCCUCCUCACCAGGAAGAGCCCCAGCGAUCCCAAUCUUUGCAACAGAAUGAAUCCGAGGCAGCUAGAGCGGAACGAUUACGUCAGCGUCAGCAGGAGGAACUGAGGGCUGCUGCGAGACUUCAGGAGAUGAUGCGGCAACAGGAAGCUCAGAACCAAGUUCAAGAGCAGCAGGAGAGAGUGAAACGGUACACAUUGGAGGACAUCAAGUCGGAGGAGGAAAUCGACGGCCUGACCGUGCGACAGAUGAAGGAGGUGCUGGUCAAUAACUUUGUGGAUUACAAGGGCUGUGUGGAGAAGAGUGAACUACAUCUGAGGGUCACUCGGCUGUGGAAGGAGCAUCAAGUCAAUAAACAGAAAACACAAGAAAUAAUUAGUGCGUCUGACAGUGCCCCCAGUAAUGUGGCAUCCGCGGAGGAUGAGCUGUGCAAGAUCUGUAUGGACGCAGCAAUUAACUGUGUCCUUCUGGAGUGUGGCCACAUGGUGACAUGUACCCAGUGUGGGCGUCGCCUUGCGGAAUGCCCUAUAUGUCGGCAGAAUGUGGUGCGAGCAGUCCACAUAUUCAGGAGUUAAUGACCAUGUCAUUUAAGUGCUCUGAUUUUGGACAAUGUCUACAAAGGACCAAAUCAAUUGUGAUAAAACAUUAUAUACAGGAAUCAAUCUUACUUUUGAAGACAACUAUAUAGUUCCCCAGCACUGCACAGUCCAGUACCCUGGUGCCAUAUACGAGUGACAUGAGCAAUUUUGCUCUUUUCUGCCUAGCAGGCUGUGGUAGAAAAUUUUUUACAUAAACAUCGCUGAGUGUGUGUGCAUGUGUUAUCUGAGAUUAUUAUAUGCUUUCCCCCUGUAAGAAUUUUAUAUGCCGUACAGAACUUACAAUUAAUUGUGAUAUAUCAGUAUUAAUUACAAUGUCUUGUCUAUGGAAUACACUUGCAAAGUGGGUGACAUUAUAACAUGCUGAAUGCAGGAAUUAAUUAAUAUGCUUUAUUACAUAUCAGAGAAGAUCAGAAUAUACUUCAGAGUGUUUCAGUCACUAGGGAGGAUGCCAGAAAUCUAUUGUAGUGAAAUAAUUUUGUUUGUAGUGUUGAAAUGUACCUUUGUAAGUUUUUGUUUUAGCUAGGCUUUUAUACUGGCAGAGAGAAUACAUGGAGGGUUGCUACAUGUAUGUUACCCAUAUCCCAAAAAUACAUGUAUUUGAUAAGUUCUUGGGGUAUUAAUGUUUAGAUGUUGUUGAAUACCCAGAUAUAGUUAUUUUUUUACAACAUGCAGAUUUAUUGGCAAUCGUACUUUACCUAGCUGUUCCAACAUUUACAUGACUGUAGAACGGUACCAGCUUAAACAACAGUCAAAUUGUCUAUAUGAAUCCUGAUGAAAGUACUCCAGUCAAAUUGUCUAUAUGAAUCCUGAUGAAAGAACUACAGUCAAAUUGUCUAUAUGAAUCCUGAUGAAAGAACUACAGUCAAAUUGUCUAUAUGAAUCCUGAUGAAAGAACUACAGUCAAAUUGUCUAUAUGAAUCCUGAUGAAAGAACUCUACAAGUCCAGAGCAAACGCAUCAUAACAAUCAUGUGUCUAUUAAUGUCUAUUUUAGUUUUCUUGUUUUUUUUUUUAAACUUGCACAACUGCUUUCCACUAAUGAUAUGUCUCGUAUACAUGUUAUUAUAUUUUUUAUUUUUUCAAGAUAUGAUCAGGAAAUAAACUCAGAUAUAUGUAGCUAUUUUUAAGAAACAUUCAGAACCCAAUGUUAGCAUGACUAACAAGAUGACACUAGCACUGGACAGUAGUAAUUUACAGUAUUAUCUGGAGACAACAACGUACAAUGAUAAUGUUCAGUAUUAUCUCUGACAGUGUACAGUAAUUAGAUAUUUGAGUCAAUAUCUACAAUAAUGAGACACGAUAUAUGUUGAGAAUCACCUUUGUACAGUUUUAUGUCAAGAUAACAUUUUACAGUAUCAUUAAGAAGGUACUGUACAGUAUUAUCACAAAACACCAUCAAGUUGUAAAGUAAUGCUAGACAAGAUCAGAUUUUCUGUAGGAAUACCACAUACAGUAAACUCUUACAAGUAGUGCUAUCCUUUAAAGAGUAUCAUAAGAGCAUCAAUAAUUUUUUUUUUUUUGUGAACCAGAGACUCAAACUUCAGUAUAGCAAGUUUUUGUGAGUGUAUUUAUUACAUUUUAAUGCAAAAAGCAUUCUUUUUUUUUUAAUGACUUUUCACGCUCUUCAACACUGUCAGUGUUUAAAAAAAUAGUACUAUUGGAAACAAGUUCUGCCAUGCAGAUGUAACGCUCUGACUAAGAAUUGUUUUCUGUCACAGCGAAAUGUUUUAAUAUUCAUUGUUUUUCAAUCACAAUUAACUAUGCCUAAAUGUUUUUGUGUAUUCUUUUUGUUUGAUUUGUAAAAUCAUUUUUACAAGCUGUUACUUUUUGAUUUAGAAUAAGCUCAAUAUUCAGAAUUCAGGUGAGGGCCAAUUGUUAAAACAGUAGUCUGAUUUAUGUCGAAUCCCUUCUCCAUUGGGAGAAGGAAGAAAAAUUCUGUUCAGACUGUUAAAGCAGAAUUAAAUGCAUUUAUCAUUAUAUUUUUGUGAUGGAUUGUGGCUUUUGUUCAUUUACUCUUGAAUAUCACAGCAAGUGUUUUGAUACAUCAUCAUGACUCUGCGAGUCCACUGUAGUUUAGAAUACGUUUUGUUUUACUUUGUUCUCGAAGACAAGGGUUAAAAAGAAAGUACAGUGUACUAAUUCUUGUCACCAGGAUAAUUUCCAUUUUGUUUGAAAAAUAAAAGUAUUUCUGAAAAACAAUCA